AUGCUAGGACACGAUCAUCAACAUCUUGCUGUUACGAAUAAACGAAGGGAAUCGAAGGGCAAGAGCCAGGAACUGGAUCGGACUGGUAUCUUUCUGUCUUCGUCUUCGAAAGAAGCACAUAAGAUGAUAUCUCCGUUUCUCACGCAACAUAUUCCUCAACAGUACAACCCUCGCGCUGCUGACGGUCCCGACCCACGCGAGAAGGCACCAUCAAAGUUCUGCUACAGGCAUCGGCCGGAUGUGAAAUGUCGCAGAACCGCAAACGAGCCAACUAUGGAGGAACUGCAAAACGAUCUAGGGAAACUAUCGCAGUCCGACCAGCAGGGUAUCUCCCAUGUUUGGUCUCUCUUUUCUGCUGCCCCGUCGAAACAUCGCAAUCUCAUGUUGCAAGGCAUUCUAGCACAGUGCUGUUACCCUCAAUUGUCCUACAUAUCAAACACUAUCCGAGACCUCAUCAAGAUCGACUUCCUUGACGCCCUCCCGCCAGAGCUUAGCUUCAAGAUCCUUCUAUGCUUGGAUACCACCUCAUUAUGUAAAGCCUCGCAAGUAAGUCGGAAAUGGCGAAAGCUUGCAGAUGAUGAUGUCGUCUGGCACAAGAUGUGUGAACAACACAUCGAUCGAAAGUGCACUAAAUGUGGCUGGGGUUUGCCACUCUUGGAACAAAAGCGACUGCGUACGGAAAAGAGACAAAUGCAGCUUCGAGCCAGCAAUAUCGGGAUCAAUGAAUGGUCACCGAACAUCAGUCCGCCAUCUUCUAUCGAAAUAACCCACACUGAUAUGAACUCAGAGAAUCAGCACUCCUUGGACUCGCAAAACGCGGUUACGUCUAGAAUCCAGCCUGAGAAACGACCCUGUACCCCAGAGCAUGACUCUCCCAAUCAUGUCUCGAAACGCGUUUGCACACAAUUGGAUAAGGCGAGCGCAGAGCAAAAUAUCAGUUACCCCAAAGCCACUCCAAAAAAGCGUCCUUGGAAGGACGUCUACAAAGACAGGUUCAAGGUUGGGACAAAUUGGAAGUAUGGCCGAUGUACUCUACGAGUUCUCAAAGGACAUACUAAAGGGGUCAUGUGUCUACAAUUCGUGAACAAUAUACUGGCGACUGGAUCUUAUGACAAUACUGCUAAGAUCUGGGAUCUUGCGAAUGGACAAGAGCUACGAACGCUUACUGGGCAUACCUCUGGAAUUAGAUGUUUACAGUUUGAUGAGUCUCGGCUCUUUACCGGAAGUACCGAUACGACACUGAAGGUCUGGAAUUGGCGCACUGGGGAAUGUGUGAAGACCUUCCGUGGCCAUACUCGCGGCGUAAUCUCACUCCAUUUUAGCGACAAAAUUCUCGCAUCAGGUUCCAUGGAUCAUACCAUCAAAAUAUGGCAUAUGGGGAAGCAGCACGCCUUCACGUUGCGUGGACACACCGAUUGGGUAAACAGCGUUAGGAUUGACUCUAGGUCUAGAACACUUUUCUCCGCAUCAGACGACUGCACAGCCCGACUUUGGGACCUAGACACUCGUGAAUGUCUCCAGAUCUUCAAAGGUCACGUUGGACAGGUCCAACAAGUGCUACCAUUGCCUCAGGAAUUCGAAUUCGAUGAAGACCCUGAGGAUAUCAUCCAUGAGGGAAGUGACCAAGAACGGACUGAUAGCGACACUUGUGACAAAGGCUCCAAGUCGCAACCAUUUCCAGACCCGAACAGAGCGUGUCCGCCUAAAUACAUGCUCACUGGGUCUCUCGACAGUACAAUCCGGCUCUGGCAUGUCCCCACUGGGAAAUGUAUUCGGACCUUCUUCGGCCACCUCGAAGGCGUAUGGGCUUUGGCUGCAGACACCUUGCGCAUGGUCUCAGGCGCCGAGGAUCGAAUGGUCAAGGUUUGGGACCCUCGAUCUGGUCAGCAUGAGCGCACAUUCACAGACCAUACUGGUCCUGUAACAUGUGUGGGAUUGAGCGACAGCCGCUUGGUCUCUGCGAGUGAAGAUGCAUCCGUUCGAAUAUACAGUUUCGAGGCGGACAAUGACAACUUAGUCAUCGAAGGCGAGGCUGCGGAGAGCAGAGUUGCGUGCAGAGGCACGCCUGGGUAG